AUGGCAAGAAGACAAACAAUAAUAAUAACAUUUUUCAUAGCAGCAAUUCUCUUUAUAUACAGCAGUCAGGUGUAUGCAUGUGGGGAAUCUGCGGUAUCUAUGUCAUCUGAGUCAGUUGAGGUAUCUGGGUCAUCUGAGUCAUCUGAGGUAUCUGAGGUAUCUGAGUCAUUUGAGUCAGUUGAUAAUUCUGCUGUGGCAGUUGGGUCAUCUGUGGCAUCUGGGUCAUCUGUGGCAGUUGAUAAUUCUUCUGUGUCAUCUGCGGGUUCUGUAGAUACACAGGCCAGUGUAGCUGCAAAGAAAGAGGAUGUUGCUACCGGGGAAACCUCUGAAAAGAAAGAGGAUGCUGCUGCAGGGGAAAUCAGUGCAAAGAAAGAUGAUGUUGCCGUAGGAAGCUCUGAAAAGAAAGAUGAUGUUGCUGCCGGGAAAAGCUCUGAAAAGAAAGAGGAUGCUGCUAUUAACUCAUAG